CCCGCGCCGCUCUCUGCCCGCAGGCACCACCCUCCGCUUUUGCUUUUCCUUUCGCUUCCGUCUCCCCGGAGCCCAGCGCUAAGAUGUCGGGAGAACAGUCUGUUGAUCAUUCUUCUGAAGAGAGAAGUAAUGAAGAUCAAGAUGAUAUAGUUGAUGCAAGACCAGACAGAAGUAGCAGACUCUCACUUUUUGCAAAGAAAAAGAAGAAUGGAGAAGAAGAACAGCCGAAGUCCUCUCUCAGUAACCAGUACCGAAUUGUUACACCCACAUUCCAGUAUAAUAUGAACUACAAGAAAGUGGGCAAAUGUAUAAUUAUAAACAACAAAAAUUUUGAAGACAAAACAGGAAUGGGUACACGCAAUGGCACUGAUAAAGAUGCUGGAGAUCUCUCUAAGAGUUUCAGAAGCUUAGGUUUUGAUGUUCACACAUACAAUGACCGAAGCUGUGAUGAUAUGAAAAAACUACUGCAACAAGCUGCUGAAGAGAAUCAUUGCGAUGCUGCUUGUUUUGCCUGUAUCCUUCUAAGCCAUGGGGAAGAAGGCCUCAUAUAUGGCACUGAUGGACCCAUGGCUAUCAAACAUCUGACUGCACUCUUCAGAGGAGACAAAUGUAAAAGCCUUAUAGGCAAACCCAAAUUGUUUUUCAUUCAGGCAUGCCGAGGCUCUGAGUUUGAUGAAGGUAUACAAACUGACUCUGGACCUGCAAAUGACACUCUGGAAACAGAUGCCAAUCCUAGAUACAAAAUCCCAGUAGAAGCAGAUUUUCUGUUUGCAUAUUCCACAGUGCCAGGUUAUUAUUCCUGGAGGAAUCCUGGAAGAGGCUCUUGGUUUGUGCAGUCUCUGUGCUCUGUGCUAAAUGAACAUGGAAAACAACUUGAGAUCAUGCAGAUCCUCACACGGGUCAACUAUGUGGUUGCCACGAAUUUUGAAUCACAGUCUGAUGAUCCACGCUUCAGUGAGAAGAAGCAGAUUCCUUGCGUAGUCUCUAUGCUCACUAAGGAACUUUACUUCUGAAAGCAUAUUUUAAUACAGCCAGUAAUGUGGGAUCAGGAUAAAUUUUUGGGUGAAGAUUAGAUUACAAAUUGCAGUAGCACAAUUUUUAAUAACAGGAAUGUAAUGACACUAGAUUUACAUACUGUAUAAGCUGGGGUAUCUUUUGAAUGGACAAUAUGCAAUAUUUUAAAGAAGACCUAAAUGCUGUGGAUCAAUCCUAUAGCUAAUUUCUAGUUUGCAUUAGAAUCAUAGGCUCUAUGAUUCUAAUACAAAUUAUUUGGAUUUCUCUUAGUGUAGCUGUCUUGAUUUAUGGGUGUUGAAGAUGUUCUGAGAGUCAGUUACCUGACCCAUAAAGGUUUACUCCAAAAAACAGACUGUAAAAUCUGUAAAAAACAUAUCAAUGAAACUCUAUCUUUUCUUCCACUACAAUCUCAUGGAAUUGUAACUUCCUUGGAAAUUUCCAAGACCAUCAUACAAUGGAUAUGUCCACAGAUGAAACUGACUUUAUAGCUAUUUAAAAGGGUGCUUCUUAGUCUAAUAAAUUUAUUUCCAUUUUAGAACAUUCUUAAUGAAGAGUAAUGGUUGCACUGUGCUUAAUCUGGAAGUCAAUUUAGUGAUCAUUCUAGCAUAAGGUGAAUUUUAUUUGCAGAUGAUUCAGCUGAAUGGCAUGGAAAUGUAUCAAAUAGAAUUAUUUUCAUUUUGGUUUUUCUAAAAGUGGGCAAACUAAUUGGAUGAUACCUUAAUAAUAUACCAUUAUGAAGAUUUUUGCCUUGCAAAUGACAAUUAUCUGAGAGAACAGCCUGUCACAGUAGUAUUAAAGUUUCUCUGCUUGCAGAUUUGAGAACCUCUGCAUGUUGAUUCAUAAGUUUUGAACCCACAAAAAGUUAAUGUCUAGACUUUGUUAUAAAACAUUAACAUUUAAUGUUGAAACAAUAGAAUUAUGUAUUCCAGUAACAAAUGCACGUUUAGAUUUAAUUUCUACCUGUAAGGAAUUUUGCCAAGACUGGAAAUUCUUACUUGAAUCAGAAACCAGAAGUGCCUUUUUAGUUAACAUAUUGUCAUGAUUUUGUAUUUUGGAGUUAUGUCAAUGAUGCUUAUAUUUCUACUUUUUAUAUUCUUUUAAAAUAUGAUAGCGAGCUCAAAAAAGUAAUUUUAAUGAUUUGAUUAGACUGAUAAAUGAUAGGUUAUCUGCCCCUUUCCUAGCUAAUGUACUCUAUAGAUCUUUUUUUAAACUAAGAAAACGGGUGUAUGCCAAAUUACCUCUUAAUUAAGUAUAUUUUCUUACAGGAACUGUAGCAUAGCGAGGCAUAUUUUUUUCAUAAGUCAAAUUUACAAUUGAUAGAAUUAAAUAAAUUAUUGUUUUGUGGAAGUCUUGAGCAUGGUAUCAAUAAAGACCUGUUUUUUUAAUUUCCUA